CUGAUAUAAAAAAGAAAAAUUUUAAUAAUCAGUAAUAAUUAUUGUUUUCUCCGUAAACAUAUUAUCGUCAGUCGGCUCUCACAAUAGUUGCACGCGUGUUAUCCGGGUUCUAAUCGCGUUAGCGACUCUCGGAAUAAUUUUCUGUCGACCGUCAUGACACAACCGCGUGCUUGUGGUCUCGUCAUUUUUCGCCGGGUCCAAGGGACCAUUCAGUAUCUAUUGAUGCAAACAUCGUAUGGACAACAUCACUGGACGCCACCUAAAGGUCACGUCGAUCCAGGUGAAUCUGACAUGGAAACGGCAUUGCGCGAGACGCAGGAGGAGGCUGGUUUUGUGUCAAGCGAUCUGAAAAUCUUCGAGGACGCGAAACACGAAAUGACCUAUCAGGUGAAAGGCGUGCCGAAGAUCGUUAUCUACUGGUUAGCAGAGCUGCUCAAUCCGGACAAGUCCGUGAAACUGUCGAACGAGCAUCAGGCAUACGAGUGGCUUUCAUUGCGCGAUGCUUGCAAUUUGGCAAAAUACGCCGAAAUGCAAAAAGCGCUGAAUGAAUUCGACAAAUAUAUAUCUCAGAAGCUAGCGUAAAUUUCAUUCCGAAUUCAUAUUUAUUUUCAUAUAUUUCCGAGUCAAAAAAUCCUAAUCAAAUAUAAAAUUGAUAACUAUAGAAAUAAACCUUGUGACUUAAAA